CACCACACCCCCCACCACCACCACCCCUACCCCGAAUGCUCAGCCCCUGAGGACUUCAGGUCCCAAGUUGCUGUGCGGUUACGUGUGACUGUCUCCCACGGACCGAAACGCGCCAUGGCCGCUGCCCACUGAGAGUGACUCGGCUGUUGAACGGUAUCUCAUUGACAGGAAGCUGGCGCUGGAAGGUUCUCAGACAAGAUCUCGCUUUCUUAGGGCGGAAACAGCGUGCACAGGUUCGGGAGGGGUGGUGGACGAAGCGGAGCUGCUCUGAACCAUGCUAGUGAAGUGUGGGUCCAUCUCUUAAAAGGCCCAGUUUUGCAGAACCGUAGUUCCAGCAGGCGCUGAGAAGGCGUUCUUGCAACACUCCAAAAACUACAUUUCCCAGCAUUCUCGCGGCGCCAGAAGUACUUUUCCCGAAAGCCUGAGCGUGAUUCAUCCAGAUUUUCGCUUCUUCCUGCCUAUCGGAAAACUGAGGACAUGUGGAGUCGCAGCGUUUGGCGUCUCCUGCUCUCUGAAAGCUGCGAGGACUGCCGGGUUUUAAUCCCCUGCGGGCGUUUCUCGCCGGCCUUGCGGAGAGGUGAGAAAGGCCCUGUGUCACCGAUGCCUGAGUGCGCUCUAGGGAGACGAUGCUCGUGCCUGCUCGGCGAGCGGGAGGCAAGGGCGCCACGCCCUCCCCCGCUGCCUUCGCCUGGUUCUGGGGACCCUGCUGCCGGGUCUCCCCAGGGAAGGGCGAGGACUGCGAAGAGGACCGCCUUCCUCAGAGUUCAGAACUUGGAAAUUCAUGGAUUUGACAAACCACAAGCAGAAACAAUUGUAUCAACAUUAACCACUUUAUCAAAUGUCAGCUUGGAUACUAUCUAUAAGGAGAUGGUCACUCAAGCUCAACAGCACCUUCAGCUGAGCGGUGGUGAGCUGCAGACAGGCAGCCGGAUAGUGACUGGACUGGNUUUAUUUUCUUUAAAGAAUGAAACCAGUCAAAUCAGAGCAGAUAAUAAACUGGACAUCAACCUAGAAAGGAGCAGAGUAACAGAUAUGUUUACAGAUCAAGAAAGGAAACUUAUGGAAGCAACCACAGAAUUUACCAGAAAGGAUACCAAAACCAAAAGUACUAUUUCAGAGACCAGUAAUAAAAUUGACACUGAAAUUGCUUCUUUAAAAACACUAAUGGAAUCCAACAAGCUUGAGACAAUUCGUUAUCUUGCAGCCUCAGUGUUUACUUGCCUGGCAAUAGCGUUGGGAUUUUAUAGAAUCUGGAAAUAGCAGUGAAACGACUAUAUUAUGCUCCUACUGCUGCUGCUGUCAACUCCUUAGAACCUUCACCAGGAUAGAUUUACUCUGAACAUUGAAAGUUGCAGCAAAACUUAACACAACAAGAUUAUUUAAAGUACAUAUAGACUAAAAAGAAAUGUUUUAGAAUGAGAAGAUGUAUUUUGUCUGUUAAUGUGUCUUUAUUAUGUUGAAAAGCUGCCAUUCAAAACCUGAUUGUGUCUUUAUCUUUUCAGUAGUGCAUAGAAA